AUGAGUCUAUGUCGGGCCACUGUUAAGUGUCUUAUCAGUAUUGCCAAGUGCAAUACCAAAGAUACUGAGCUAGCACUGCAGGCCUACAAGUUUACAAUGAACAACAAGCUGUCACGUAUCACCAGGCAGCCUGCUCCCAUCUGCCUAGUUACAGUCAAGCGCAUGCUUUAUCUCACCCUCUCACGUGUGCGCGAAACGCCACCGCAUUGGUCAUUUGAGACCGGGGGCAGUUGUUUUUGUUAUAAUUCAGGAAGAACCUUACUCAUUUCAAAAAUAGGUGGGGAUUACAUUUAUUUACAGAAUUACAUUAUUUUGAAAGGAAAUUAUUAUAAACUUGAGCACUUAUCGAGUGUGGAUAGCGAGCUCCUGUGUCGAGCAAAUAGAUACAUCUCCCAUCACCUGCCAAUUCAUCACCAUUCCAACCCAGCCACCCCACCUAUGUGGUCGGACCAGGUCUGGCCCGUUGGCAUGGCGAUGAUGGAGGAAGGGGCGCGGAGCUGCCUGCUUCAGUCACGCUCCAGCCUUGAGCAGGACAUCAGGGCUUCCUACCUGAUGGAUCACAUGAUCAGUGACGGUGUGCUGACUGGGGACGAGGAGGACAGGAUCAGGAGCAAGCCCACCAGGAGAGAGCAGGCGGCGGCCCUGCUGGAGCUGCUCCUGAGGAAGGAUAACCAGGCCUACAUCUCCUUCUACAAUGCCCUGGUCCGCGAGAGCUACGGAGACCUGGCCAGCCUGCUCCACAACAGCCUGCCCCUGGUCUCCCCUGAGGCUGAGAAGAGCUUCUCAGACGGUGGCACCCGCUAUGUCCAGGCGGUGCUGAGUGAGGGCGGCGUGCCCCAGAGACCCGUGGUGUUUGUGAGCCGGCUAGCCCUGAUGAACCGGGUCAGGGAGAAGCUCUACCGCUUGCAGAAGGAGCCCGGCUGGGUCACUGUGUUCGGCAUGGCCGGCUCCGGCAAGUCUGUCUUGGCUGCGGAGGCAGUCCGAGACCACGCACUCAUCACAGAGUGUUUUCCGGGAGGAGUCCACUGGCUGUCCAUAGGCCAGCUGGACCGGUCUGACCUGCUGGUUAGGAUCCAGUCACUGUGUUUCCGCCUGGAGCAGCAGAGCCAGGAGAAAGACCCCUCGUCCUCCCUCCACCGGUCUCCUGGCUCUCUGGAAGAGGCCAAGGAGCGACUACGCUUCCUCAUGCUCCGUCGUUACCCCAGGUCGUUGCUGAUACUGGAUGACAUCUGGGACAGCUCGGUGCUCAAGGCCUUUGACAUCCAGUGUCGAGUACUGCUCACCACCCGAGACAGAAGCCUAGCCGACUGUGUCAGCGGUCCUAAGUCUGAGGUGGCAGUGGAGAGUGGUCUGGAGGAGGGUCAGGCCUUGGAGAUCCUCGCCCUGUAUGUCAACAGGAAACCCCAGAGACUCCCAGAACAGGCCCGCAGCAUUGUCCGAGAGUGCAAAGGUUCUCCCUUGGUGGUGUCCCUAAUCGGGGCCCUGCUGCGGGAGUUCCCGGACCGCUGGGCCUACUACCUGCACACGCUCCAGCAGAAGAAGUUCAAGCGUAUCCGUAAGUCGUCUUCAUAUGACUACGAUGCCUUUGACCAGGCCAUGGCUGCCAGCAUCCAGGUCCUGUCUGAGGAACACAGGGAGCUGUACAUUGACCUCACCGUGCUGGAGAAGGACGUCAAAGUACCUGCCAAGGUUCUGUCAGUUCUGUGGGAUCUAGAACCGGAGGAGGUGGAGGACGUUCUCCAGGACUUUGUGAAUAAGUCCCUACUGUUCCGUGACUGUCACCACCGGCCCUACCUCUACUACCUCCAUGACCUCCAGCUGGACUUCCUGGCUGAGAUGAACCGCUCUGGCCUAGAGAGCCUCCACACCAAGGUGGUGCGUCAGUACCAGCAGCGUUACAGCAAGGGUCCUCCCACCUCAGGAGAUGAAGAGUGCCUCUACUGGUUCAGAUUCCUCACCUACCACAUGGCCAAGGCCAACCUCACACAGGAGUUGUACUCUCUGAUGUUCUCUCUGGAAUGGGUCAGAACUAAAGCUCAGAUUAUGGGACCGGCUCAUCUCAUCAAUGACUAUUUGGAGUACAGCACCAUACUGGACAAAGAGAACAGCGAGGUGCGGGGCCACUUCCAGGAGUUCCUGUCUCUGAACGGCCACCAGUUGGAGCAGCGUCCGUUCCCUGACGUAGUGCAGCUGGCCCUGUCCCAGCCAGACUCCUCUGAGGUGUACCGCCAGGCCCUGCUGCAGGCGCAGGAGAGGGCCACCAGAGGGGGACUCUACCUUGACUGGGUGAACAAAAGUAGUCUGAAGAGCCUGUCUCGUCUGGUGGUCCAGGCCCACCAGGGAUCCAUCUACUCUGCCUGCUUCUCCCACGACGGCACCAAGAUCGCCUCCUGUGGCUCCAGCAAGACACUGCGAGUGUUUAAGAGCACGUCUGGGGAGAAGCUGCUGGAGAUCCAGGCCCACGACGAUGAGGUGCUCUGCUGCGCCUUCUCCCCGGAUGACCGUCUCCUAGCAACCUGCUCCAGUGAUAGGAAGGUCAAGGUUUGGAAUGUGGAGCGUGGGACUCUGAUGAGGAUGUUUGAGGACGAACACGAGGAGCAGGUCAACCACUGUCAGUUCACCAACACACGCCGACGCCUCCUACUGGCCACCUGUUCCAACGACAAGUUCAUGAACACCAAGCUGUGGAACAUCAAUAAACCCUCCUCCCAGAACACCAUGUUUGGUCAUUUGGAGCCUGUCAAUCACUGCUGUUUCUCCCCUGAUGACGCCUACCUCUCCACCUCUUCCAGCGACGGAACCCUGAAGCUGUGGGAGGUGUCCUCUGCUAAUGAGUGGAAGUCCAUAGACGUGGCGGACAUGUUCCCGGAGCAGAGAGAGCAGACGGAGGUCAUGGUGAAGUGCAGCACCUGGUCAGCAGACGGCAGGACCAUCAUCUGUGCUGCCAGGAACGCAGUCUUUGUGUUUGAUGUAGAGACGGCGGCCAUGUUGUUGGAGAUCCGGACCAGUCGUCUGAGCACGGUGCAGUACUGUCACGCCUGCCCCAGCAGCAACCUGGUGGCCAUCGCACUGUCACACUAUGCUGUGGAGCUGUGGGACAUAGAGACCAGUAAGAAGAUGGCUGACUGUAGUGGUCAUCUGAGCUGGGUCCAUGGAGUCCAGUUCUCCCCUGACGGAUCUCUACUGCUCUCCUGUUCUGACGACCAGACCGUCAGGGUGUGGGAGACUAAUAAAGUUCACACCUCCUCGGCUGUCUGUCUGAAGAGGGACUCUGACGUGCUCUUUAACAAUGGUGACAUUACUGUGGUCGCCGCCGACAACCGCAACAGACUGCAGGUGAGGAAUGGGAGGACCGGAGCGGUGAUGUUCCAGUCAGAGAACCAGGAGUCUCGUAUCCGCUGCACUGCGAUCUGCUCACAGACCUCAGCCGUGGGGCUGGGACGAGAGGAUGGGACGAUACAGGUGUUGGAGGUGCCGUCGGGGACCUCUCUAGCCACUCUUCAGGGUCACACCAGGGCAGUUCUCCACUGCCAGUUCACCCCGGAGGGACACACACUCAUCACCUCCUCUGAGGACACCACCAUACGGGUGUGGAGGUGGAGGACAGGUGAGUGUGUGGUUCUGGAGGGCCACAAGGAGCAGGUCAGAUGCUUCUCUCUGCUCACCACCUCACCCUCCUCAGAGACACAUCUCCUCAGCUGGUCCUUUGAUGGCACCAUCAAGGUGUGGGACAUGUCUAGUGGUGAACGGCUGCAGGAUCUAGUGUGUCACCAGGGGGCGGUGUUAGCCUGUGACGUGUCACCUGACGGACAGCUCUUCGCCACCACCUCCGCUGACAAGACUGCCAAGGUGUGGAGCAGUGCAUCGUGGGAGUGCGUGCGCCUGUUGAACGGCCACCAGGAUUGUGUCCGCAGCUGCCGCUUCUCUUGGGACGGCCGGCGCCUAGCAACCGGCGACGACAACGGAGAGAUACGGCUGUGGAACGUGAAGGAUGGUACUCUGCUUAAGAUCUGUUCCCGUGACAACAAGGACGCCAUGGACUCUCUGCACGGAGGCUGGGUGACCGACCUGCACUUCUCCCCAGACAACACUGUGCUGCUGUCUACAGGAGGAUACAUUAAGUGGUGGAACGUGGAGAAAGGAGUGGCCCUCCAGACCUUCUACCCGACAGGAGCCAAUCUGAAAAGGAUCCACGUGUCACCUGACUUCUCCACCUUCGUCACCAUCGACAAUAUCGGAAUCCUCUACAUCCUUAAGAAGGUGGAAUGAGAGGGAGGCAUAGCUCAUUAGUCUAAAGUGGUUUACUUAUAGCUCAUUAGUCUAAAGUGGUUUACUUAUAGCUCAUUAGUCUAAAGGGGGCGUAGCUCAAUAAUGUAAAUAGUUCUCGUCUCCUCUCCUUGCAUUGAUCUGAAAGAGCCAGACAGGUGAGAGCCAAUGUCCGUUAGUCAUCUGCCAUGUUGCUUUAGCCUGCGUUCUCAGAUCAGUUCUCAAAUAAUUUCUCCUGCUCUGCCUUCUGCAUGCCAUAACAGUCACACAAUCACAACCAAAUACAUCAUUUCUCCUGCUCUGCCUUCUGCAUGCCAUAACAGUCACACAAUCACAACCAAAUACAUCAUUUCUCCUGCUCUGCCUUCUGCAUGCCAUAACAGUCAAACAAUCACAACCAAAUACAUCAUUUCUCCUGCUCUGCCUUCUGCAUGCCAUAACAGUCACACAAUCACAACCAAAUACAUCAUUUCUCCUGCUCUGCCUUCUGCAUGCCAUAACAGUCACACAAUCACAACCAAAUACAUCAUUUCUCCUGCUCUGCCUUCUGCAUGCCAUAACAGUCAAACAAUCACAACCAAAUACAUCAUUUCUCCUGCUCUGCCUUCUGCAUGCCAUAACAGUCAAACAAUCACAACCAAAUACAUCAUUUCUCCUGCUCUGCCUUCUGCAUGCCAUAACAGUCACACAAUCACAACCAAAUACAUCAUUUCUCCUGCUCUGCCUUCUGCAUGCCUCAACAGUCACACAAUCACAACCAAAUACAUCAUUUCUCCUGCUCUGCCUUCUGCAUGCCUCAACAGUCACACAAUCACAACCAAAUACAUCAUUUCUCCUGCUCUGCCUUCUGCAUGCCUCAACAGUCAAACAAUCACAACCAAAUACAUAAUUUCUCCUGCUCUGCCUUCUGCAUGCCAUAACAGUCACACAAUCACAACCAAAUACAUCAUUUCUCCUGCUCUGCCUUCUGCAUGCCAUAACAGUCAAACAAUCACAACAAAAUUGAUAUCCUGACAAAAUGAACUAUUCUGCUUUUCUUAUUGUAUCAGGGGACCAUAGACAAAAUGCAUUUGAUUCUUACUGCACUGGGGUAAAUUGUAUGCAAUAUGGAGAGAUUUUUCUAUGCUCUUUUUAACUAGGAAAAUCUAUGCUAUAAUGAAAUGCACCAGCAUUGUCUGUUGUGAUUCUACAGUGAUGUUGUCAAACAGUGAAUUGGUUUUGUAUUUCUAAGUGCCCAAUGAGUCUUUGGCUUUGUUAAUGUCGUGGCACUCUGCAAAUGGUCAUGAUUGUGUUCCGUCGUCUUAAACAAAGUGCAUGUAUUUUUCCCUGUGAAGUUUGGGUGGCAGGGAGCCUAGCGAUUUAAGAGCAUUGUGCCAGUAACCUAAAGGUUGCUGGUUCAAAUCUCUGAGUCGACUGGGUGAAAAUCUCUCUAUGCCCUUCAGCAACGCACUUAACCCUAAUUUGCUCUUGUAAGUCGCUCUGGAUAAGAGCGUCUGUUGACUAAAAUGUAAAGGUCUAAACCUGUGUUUUUGGACUAACUAAAGUCUUAAAGAUGGAUUCCGCAGUAUGGGGAAGCCUACCCACCACUUACAAAAAAAAAAAUCAAACCUUGACCAAAGGCAUUUGUCAGAAUAGCAUCUGUCGACUAUGUUUACUAUCAAGUUCAACACUGUUUAGGACAUUUUAUACACUAAUUAUAUCAAUAGAGCCAGUUUUUUUUUUUUUUGUACAAGUCCUUUUUUAUUGUAUAUAUCUUGCUUUCAUACAUUUAGUUUUAUUAUUACUACUGAUCCACGCUCCAGUGAGCUUUGUAGGAAGGCACUAUGAUUUAUCUCUUGUGGUCUAUAACAAGAACAUGGCCUUGUUCCAAUACUUUGACAAUGCGUCCUUACUUCCUCGCUUCCUUCCUUCCAUUGUUGCUUGUCGUCAUCUCUGAUCUGACGCUAUUGAAUAGCUGACCGAUUGCUUCCACUUCACGGUUGACAAUCCAGAGUCAUUUCAAAUCUGUGAAUUUUUUAAAGGAAAGGAUGCAUUUUCAAAGUAUUCAAUAUGGGCCUUGUUUUUGAUGUCAGAACAUGUGCUCUUACCUAUUGGUGCUUUAAACUCAGUGUGCAAGUAAAUCAUCAGAGGAGGUCUCUCCCUGUCAAUCAAAUCUGUGAAGUCACGAGGUGAUCUCAGGACAUGAAUACUGUUAUGGUAAAGUGCUUGUGUGUGGUCUGUAAUGUAUAAUGUUUUAUUCUCUAAGGUAUUAUAAGACAGCAGGUGGCUUACAUACUCCUCUAAAUUUGUCAUUAAAUCAUUUGAUGUUCACUGUCCAGAGCAUAGGGUAGUAUUUGAUCUACACUGAACAAAAAAACACAUGUCAAGUGUUGGUCCCAUGUUUCAUGAGCUGAAAUAAAACAUUCCUGAAAUUUUC